AUGCCCCCAUCACAUUAUCCGACGCCUCCGGCCGAGGAGGGCGAUUCCCCGCAAUUGGAUGCUUCCGAGGAAGAAGAACUGGAUGUUGACCAGGACGAUGCCCAGUCGUUCCUCCAACCGGCAAUCAGCCCUUUGGCAACCCUUCUCACUUCACCCAAGACUCCGACGGCCGAUAAAGUCGCCGCUUUCGAGCGCCAGUCUGCAGGAAUCUUCGAGAUGUUAGAGAGUGAUGAGCCGAACCAAGACCGGCAGACGGUGCCAGUGCCUGCCAGUAUGCCGAAGGCGCCCGAUAGUGCAACCGAAAGCCAGUCCCCAGUGGUACUUCCGGCGCCGUGGCAAGCUGGGCCGAAGCAGUUCAUGGUUUCCGAACACGGCCGGUUUCGAUCAUCCAUGGCCGCGGCAUUCCAGACACAAUCGAGACAGCAUCGCUCUCAGUCGGCCGGAGAGAGUGCACUAAAAAGACUCUCAAAGGCCUUACCAUCCAUCUCGAUCCCCUCUGGUCUCAUCCCAAACAUUCCGACACCUACAUUCUUCUCUUCCAGCGCGAGCUCACCACAGAAAGACACGCACACAUCGCAAUCCCAGAGGUCGACGGAGCUUUUAUCCCCUCUCACUCCCUUUCCGGGCCUUGUCGCUCCCCAUGCGAGCCCUCUCCGGCCUGAUUCGGCAAGACCUCGCACCCUACGGCACACGACUUCGGACGACUCACUUCUCUACCACACGCUAUCCCGCGUAUCUUCACUCGGGGACGACGAACGCUUUGUCCAUGUCCGCGAGCAAGUGAAUGUGCGAAUCAAGGCCAUCAAGGACAGCUUCGAUGGCCCAUCGUUCAAGUUACCCCAGAUGCCGAGUAGGUUGUCCGUUGUAUGUGCACCUCCAUGGCUACAUGGACUGACCAGGCCAGGUUUGCUUAACACGCCGCUGAAGAAGUCGGCAAACGAUCCCACGCCAGGCGUACACUCGUCGGGCUCUGCGCAGCAUGGCCAGCGUGUCAGCCAAGACCCUCUGGACGCGGUGCUCGAGUCUUUGACCGGGGACAUUGUGGUUAUGGGCGGGUACAGGGGUUCGAUUUUGCGGUCAGCGAAGGCCCCGCACAGGCGAUUGUGGGUGCCGGUCAAGGUUCAGCUGGGAGUCCGAAAGGUCAACCUGGAGGUCGGACUAGAUCCUGAGGAUGAGGAGAACAUGGAGAAGAGCAUAAUUGCGGACGGCAUGCUCAAGAACGUUGGCCCAGUCGACAUCUCGAAGCGGCUUUUUAGGAAGUUGAGGGAGUGCGAGAACGCUCGCACUGGAAAGCUGAGGGUGCACGACUACGGUUACGACUGGCGGCUCAGCCCCCAUUUGCUGUCGAGGAAGUUGGUCCAGUUCCUCGAAAAGCUGCCCUCAAACCAACCGGGUGUCCCGAAAGAACAGCGCGGUGCCCUUGUUAUUGCGCACAGUCUUGGCGGCGUCAUUACACGGCAUGCCGUGAAUCAGCGGCCUGAGCUCUUCUCGGGUGUCUUGUACGCCGGCGUGCCACAGCGGUGCAUCAACAUCCUCGGGCCACUCCGCAAUGGCGAUGCCGUUUUGCUGAACGAGAAGAUCCUGACCGCACAAGUCCACUUCUCCCUACGAACAUCCUUCAUCUUCCUUCCAGAAGACGGCUUCGCCUUCGUCGACAAGGCUCAGAACUCAGAGAGGCCAUCUUCAAAGACCGCACCCUCGCACCACAACUCAACGGCUCCUCCGCCGCUGACACCGCCACCACCACCCCCAACAGCGCUCCCGACUCACCCCCCCGACACACCCCCCUCCGCCACCCGCGCCCGCAAUAUCGCCUACCUCACGCGCACCCUCGCCGAGACCAAGCGCUUCCGCGCCGAGCUCGCCCACAACCCCACCCUCCAAGAAGCCAAUGCCUACCCGCCGCUGGCCCUCAUCUACGGGAAGGAUAUCCCCACCACCUACGCUGCGGGCGUGGCCGGGCGCGAGGGCAUUGCCUGCGCCGACGCGUAUGACGAUUUGCUGUUCGCGAGCGGGGAUGGCGUGGUGCUGGCGAGGGAGGCCAUGAUGCCAGAGGGCUAUGAGGUGUCCGAGUGGUGCGAUGGGGAGGGUUGGUGUUUCGAGGCGAUGCAUAUGCAUGAGGCGGUGAGACUUGGACAUCUCGACGCCUAG